AUGUCUUCGUUGGUAUUUGAACCUGAGCCCGCCCCCUUUUCCUCACCGUCCGCGCCGCGCCGCUCCGCAGACCCGGCGCACCAGCGGGACAGUCCGGCUGCACCAGGGGCUCGCUCGGACCACCGCGACCCAAAGCGAGUUUCUCCUGGAAAAAAAUAACCAUAAAACGGGAGUUUUCUUUCGCGUUUCAGUUUCCUGAGAAGUCAGAGGCGGUAGACCAGCGGACCAGGUUGGCAGCAGCCAGGAUCCAGAAAGAGGCUCCCUACCGUGGACAACGGGGGAGAUGAAGGAUUAGGGGAUAAUCCAGGAUGGCUCCAUGGUGCGACCGCAGAACCGCUUGCAGCUGGACCUAUUUCUGAGCUGAUGUUGACAAAGCCCAAAGCAAGCCAGGCAACCUGACCACACUCCGACUGGAUCGGCCGCCUCCAGGAACACAACUGCAUAGUGUUCUCCUCAAUUUAUGUCUGUUUAAUUCACCCAGCUAUGCAUAACAACAAGCUACAAAGAGCGGGACACAAUUUGGCCUGUACAUGAUAAACAGAGAUGAUAUCCCAGUGAACUGUUUGGUGCUGCGAGCCUGGAGUAAACGUUUCAGCCUCAGAAAUAACACAGUUUCAUGAUCUGGGAAUAACGUUUAAGAGCUGUUUUUCUAGUCUGUACUUUGGACCGCUGAACUGUUUGUGAUUUUGGCAAAAAUCUGAGAAGGAAAUUGUUGUUCAGUUGGAUUAAAGGCAAUUCCAGGAAUUGUUUCAAGUUGAUUUUCGCGAACUUUGAAGCUUUUCACCUUCGCGAUCAUGAAUCUCCAGGAAAAGCUGUCGGGCCUCAAAGGUCUGGUGUCACACUCCCACAGCAAGCGUCGCCACAAAGGCGACCUCACGGUGGACAUGAUCAGCCCCCCUCUGGGGGACUUCCGCCACACCAUGCACGUGGGCCGCGGUGGGGAUGUGUUCGGGGACACCUCCUUCCUCAGCAAUCACGGCGGGCCAGCCAACGGGAACAACGGGGAAACCGAUUCCCUCUCCACCCCUGACAACAAGAUCGGAGCGUUCUUCUCCAGGACGCUCCGUCAAAUCCGGAGGGGCUCUGACAACCGACCGGCGGACGUGUCCAAGGAUCUGUCGCCACCGCCUCCCGCUGUUUCCCCCAUCAUUAAGAACGCCAUCUCCUUGCCCAGGCUGGAUGUGGACAUGCCUAAUGGGAGUCCCACCACCAAAGUGCUGUUCCCCAGUACUCAAAGCACGCCGGACGAGAAGAAAAGCUCCUAUGGUCUGGAGUCUGGUUUCGUCACUUUGCCCCGUCUCUCCCGCUCCGAGCGUCAGCAGCCCUCCAUCUCCAUCCCCACUUCCUGCUCCCCCAACAUCCACCGCGGCUCUCUGACCGACCCCGCCGAUGCCAUCCUAUCCACCUGCUCCACCUCAAUGGCGACCUCUGACCCCAGGAACCCCACCGCUGCCACGGCCUACUCCGACUCCCUCCCCUCCCUCACCUCCCUGGACACCUUCAGCUUCGACCUCGGCCCCUCCCUCAUGAGUGAGGUGUUCAGCCUGAUCGACAGCCACGCUGGGGACCACGUCCACGCCUGGGAGGGAGAAGAGGUGGGGUCCGCGUGUGGCCUGACCAACGACGGAUCGGAGAUGGACUCGGCGACUAUCUCGUACGUGGAUUCCUUGCUGAGGGAAGAUUGCGGGAGCAGGAAGAGCCCGCACGGUGCCGAAUGGGACGAGGAGGAGGGGAGCGCAGCGGAGGUGAACGGACUCUCUGUUAAAGUGCCCGAUGUAGUGAUGGGGUCUCCGGAACGAGCGGCGGUGGGGAUACGGAUGGAGAGCGAGCGGUUCCAGAGCGCCACAGAUGUGCUUGCGCGUCACUACGGCGGCAGCCUCACAAAGGGACAGAGCAGGAUGGAGGCUGCAGAUUCAGAGAUGAUGGUCAUGAGCCAGCAGAAGAAGAAAAUGUCCUACAGCUACACGGACGACGAGGACGAAAUCAAAGUCUAAGCUGAGCGAAAUGCGUUUGCGAUAUUCUUGAAAAUGUAUAAUUCCUCUGUAAUUCCAAUCAUCUAAAAAUACAUCGUUGACAAGGCUGGUUCUGUUGACAGGAUGAACACGAACCCAGUGUCAUUAGUACUUCUCAUUCCUAUGCAGUCGCGCUCCAAGGAUGUACAGUUUUGAUGCAAACCUGCUGCUGAAUGUACCUAAAAGGAGCGAAAGAUUUGAUGCUGCACGUUUCCUGCUCUGCACAGAAAGGAUUUAACAAAUAACCGAUGGAGGAAAGUGGAGGAUGUACCAGAGAAUGUAGUUUGGAUCGUAUCAGAAGAAACAGCGACGUUGCUCAGUGUGGACGCUCCCAAAGCCCGUCACCCACUUUACGCUUCUCACGCUUCCUCAUCUACGAAGGGAAAGGCUUCUCAGCACGGGGCCACGUCGCUGACGUGAACACGGAGAGGAAGUUGGGGUUCGAAAAAAUAUAUAUUUAAUCUUACUACAACCUUUACGGCAUCGCUACAAUCUCUUGUCAGCUUUUCACUCAGGAAUAACCAGGAGGGAAAAAAGGGAAGAGAAGUGGUGAGAGAAGGGGAAUCUCUCAUUAAGAUGUGUGUCAACCAAAUUAUUCCUACACUACACGGACUGAGGAAACAUCCAAGUAACAUUUGCUAGAUGCAACUAAACCCAUGUAAUUGUUCAUUUUAUGCUGCAGACCUUCUAUAUAGAUACUCCGUGCACCUUUUUUGAUUAUAAAGUCUGACCCCUGUAUUGCUUUUUAUAGAAGAAUUGACAUUUAUAUUGUUAUUUUAUACAACUGUGCAUUAAGAUGUCAAAUGACCUCCCAUAAAAAUGUACCUACAGUAUGAGCACCCACAGUACACAAUGCAGUUCACAUCCAUAUGCUGCAGUCCGUACCAAUGAUAUACUAUGAUGAUAUAAAUUGAAAAUAAAGAUGCUUUUAAUUAGG